GUCUGGGGAAGGGGUGUCAGGUGCCAUGUCUGACCAUGAAUGUGGCAAGAAGGAGCCCCUGAAGCAGCCCAUGAAGCAGGCCAAGGACACAGAUGAGGAAGAUAAGGCACUCAAGCAGAAACAGAAAGGGGAGCAGAAGAAACUCAAGGAGCUAAAAGCAAAGGCUAUGGGGAUGGGCCUCCUGGCCACAGGUGGAAUUAAGAAAACUGACAAAAAGUAA